AUGGUAGCAAGGCCAUUCCAUGAUACGAUACUGAUCGGAAGGAGAUAUUAUGGAAUUGUGUGCCAAAAUAAAGGAAGCAUCAUUUCAAAGGGUAUAUGGUUGAACCAGAACCCUUUGGAAUAUGCUACACCUCUUCUGUUGUUGCAGCUCUCUAUGAUAUCCAUAACCUCGAAGCUCAUCGAUCUCUGUCUCAAGCCUCUUGGACAAUCCACUAUAGUCUCACAAAUCAUCGGUGGUAUAAUAUUUGGCCCUUCAGUUCUUAGUCAUGACUAUCUCAUGGGACGUGGGAUGUUCCCUCCAAGAGGCGCCAUGAUAUUCCACACUUUUGCAACAUUUGGCCUUGUUUUCUUCCUUUUCACAGUAGGACUGAAGACGGAUUCGAAGAUGAUGGUACGGCCAGGGCGCAAGGCCAUAACAAUUGGCAUCACCGCUAUGUUCUCCACCUUUGUGCUCACAGCUUCACUAUCCCUCAUCUUAAAGAAGUAUAUCUCCAUGGAUGCUAGCCUUGCAAAAGUACUUCCACUACUAGCAGCAUCACAGAGUCUAACACCAUUUCUGAACAUCGCUUGCCUACUAGAUGAACUCAAGAUCCUCAACACUGAUCUAGGCCGCCUAGCCAUCUCUUCGGCUAUGUUUUGCGAUGUCCUUGGUAUUUCCAUGACAAUACUUAGUUUCUCAUUACUGCAAACUACAAGGGGCCAUACACUAACUGCAGUGUUGUCAAUUUUAUCAUCGGCUGCACUUGUGGUUUUCAUCGUGUAUGUAAUCAGGCCAAUAUUACUAAACAUUGUAAAACGUAUCCCAGCAGGGAAACCUGUAGGAGAGAUGUAUGUUGUGUUCAUUUUAAUGAGUGUUCUUGUAGCCACCUUGUUUAGCGAGACCAUCGGCCAACAUUUCGUGUUGGGACCGUUAGCUUUAGGACUGGUUGUGCCGGCUGGGCCACCUUUAGGAGCAGCCUUAGCAUCAAAACUAGAUACACUUGUUUCAGGCUUGCUCUAUCCAACUUACCUCACAGACAGUGGGCUGAAAACAAAUAUCUUCAGAAUCAAUCUUCAAUCUCUGUGGAUUGUAGGGUUUAUUGUUCUCUUUGCUAGCUUAGUUAAGAUUGGAGCAGUAAUGCUGAUAGCGCACUACAACAAAAUCCACUUUCGAGAAGCUCUUGUUCUUGGACUCAUGUUGAAUGCAAGAGGCGUUUGUGAGCUCAUUGUGUACAACUUGUGGAGGGGUAGUGAGAUUCUGACUCAACAAGAGUUCACUCUCGCUGUUCUAUCGGUGAUUGCAGUGACGGCGAUCAUAACACCACUAAUAAAAGCCCUCUAUGAUCCAUCUAAACAACACAUCCCAAUCCAGAGAAGAACCAUACAACAUGCCAAACGUGAAGCAGAGCUGCGGAUAUUGGUGUGUAUUCAUAACCAGGAUAAUGUCCCUUCAAUAAUAAACCUGCUAGAAGCCUCCAAUGCAACUGAAAAGAGUCCCAUUGCAGUCAUAGCAGUCCUCCUUGUCGAGCUUGUUGGCCGCACUACGCCCAUCCUCAUACCACACCAACCACAACAAACCCUAGAGAAGAGUGAUCCCAAAUCCUACCACAUCAUCAACGCCUUGCAACACUAUGAGUUCUACAAUGAAGGCUGCGCAACUGUUCAAUCACUCAGUUGCAUCUCACGUUACAACAGAAUGCAUGAUGACAUUUGCCGGGUUGCACUCGACGAAAAUGCCAACAUUGUGAUCAUUACAUUUCAUAAGAAUUGGGCUAUCGACGGUACCAUCGAUUCAGUGAACCGUUCCAUCCGAGCUAUGAACCUCAAUGUCCUCAACAGAGCACCAUGCUCUGUCGGAAUCUUCAUAGACCGGGGAGUUCUACGCGGCUCAUUGUCCAUUAUAAGCAGUCAAUCAAUAUACAACGUGCUAGUGAUCUACAUAGGCGGAGCAGAUGACGGAGAGGCACUGUCCUACAGUGCUCGCAUGGCAAAACACGAGAAUGUUACUGUAACAGUCAUGCGUUUCCUCCUAUUCGGAAGUGACAGCGCCAGAGAACGGAAGCUGGACAAUGAUUUGAUCGAUGAAGUCUGCUAUGCUAACAUAGGAAAUAAAGGAUUCUUAUAUCGAGAGGAAGUUGUGAGAGAUGGAGUAGGGCUAGCUUCAUCUAUUACAGGAUUUGAAAAUGGUUAUGACCUGUUUAUAGUUGGGAGGAGCCAUCAGGAGUCCCCUAUUCUGUCGGGACUCGAUGCAUGGAGUGAGUGCACUGAACUUGGUGUUAUCGGAGAUAUGCUUGCCUCAACGGAUUUUGGGAGCACAUCGUCGGUCUUGGUAGUACAACAACAAAGAUGCGGAGGGAAGUUGAUAAAUCAUCCCACAAAACAGGUGGUUGGUGUUAAUGAUAUAGAUCCACUCCUUAAUAGCAAGCGACGCCAUGGUUCAUCAGCAAGAUCCACGGGAUAA